GUAAGUGGUAUGACCGGCAGCAUAAAGUACGCGUACGCGCUGUAACUUCAACUGACAGCCGCAGAAACCGAGACAGCAAGUAAGAACAAUUUGCGGAGUCACCCCGAAACAGUGCAAACAUGGAGUGGACCCCAAUGGAGAUCAACCCCGAGAUGCUGAACAAGAUGAUGAGCAAGCUAGGCGUGGGUGAAAGCUGGCGCUUCGUUGAUGUGCUGGGGCUGGAGAGUGAGCAACUGUCCGCCGUCCCAAAACCAUGCUGUGCCUUAAUGCUGCUCUUCCCACUGACACAACAGCAUGAGUCUUUUAGACAGCAGCAGGCAGACAAGGUUGCAGGAGGCUCUGAGGUUUAUUUCUUGAAGCAGACAGCAGUCAAUUCCUGUGGCACCAUCGCCUUGCUGCAUGCUGCGGCCAACAACAAAGGCAAACUGACUUUUGAGAGUGACUCUGCCCUGAAGAAGUUUCUAGAUGAGACUGCAAACAUGUCUGCUGAUGACCGUGCCAAACAUCUGGAGAAGAACCAGGCAAUCUGUGAGGCUCACAAUGAGGUUGCAGUGCAGGGCCAGUGCAGGCUGGAAGCUGACAAAGUCAACUUCCACUUUAUUGCCUUUGUCAAUGCGAAUGGACAACUUUAUGAAUUUGAUGGAAGAAUGGAUGGACCAGUUAAACACGGAGCUACUAAAGAUGAGUCAUUCAUAAUGGAUGCAUCCAAAGUGUGCCGUGGAUUCAUGGAAAGAGAGCAAGGCGAGGUCCGUUUCUCUGCGGUGGCUCUUUGUCACACUUAGAUAUUCGUUGGGACACGCAACCAAAUUGUUAACUAAAAUGUCCUGAAGCAUUCACAUGGCAAACACAAUCAGCAGGCACCCAGAACAACCUGCAAACACACACAUCUGCAGACACGAUGCACUAUAACGCACAUGUUGUUGCCACAUACUGUACUUUCAUCUCAUGAACAAAGCAUUCUUAAGCACACGUACACAUAAACACAAACACGCCAUCAAAUCCUUUUGAUCUGCUGACACUUACAAGCUUGUCCAAGCCUUUUUUAUGUGAUAUCAUUUAGCAAUGGGAAUUGUAAAACAUCAGAUCUCACCACUGCUUGUGUGCACAUGUGUAUUUGUCUUUUUUUGCAACUUGUUUUGUAAUCAUUGGUGCAUCUGUGUCAAACUUAGAAACUGAUGCUUAAAUACCUUUUGUGCCAAUAAGUAGAAUAAAGAAAAGUGAGAAGGAAAAGGCAAACAACUUGCAUGGAGAAACGUUUUGCCUGUUUCUCUGAAUGCCUUUAGUGGCUGUGUGGUUUAGAUUAUAAGCAUCUGACAUUCCUCAGAACAGCCCAAAUGUAUCCGUAGGAAUAAUUUAACCAUUGUUCGUAGAAUGCAUGCAACCUUUUGAGUGGUGGUCUUGGGUGACAUUUCUCUGAAAGACGGGUUUUCUUUGAGAAGUUUGAGUUUAUAGUGCAAAAUGGCAGUGGUGGAUUGCAGUAGUUUAACUAUGUUUUCCGAAAUAAAUACAAUUGAAUGUUUUCACUUUAUUUGAAAAUGGCUUUUUUUAGUUAACAAUCCACAAAUACUCAAAUAGUCAAAUACACUAUUGGUUUGCAGGUUUAACACAGGAAAUAAUAAAGUGCUACUCUAUGUUGGGUUGUUGUGCAGGGGGAUAGUACUGUAUGUCUAGGCUGUGCACAAAUCGUUUACCUUUCUGCACUUUCCAAAUACUAUGUUGCUGUAUUUCUGUUGGUGAUGCAGUUUUGGGAAUUCAAUAAAGCAACCAUUAGACUUA